AUGAUACUCCUUCGUGGCCUAUAUGUCGUAUGGGCAUUUCUAGUUGUUUCCUCGAUCAAUGCUGAGGAAUUCACCCCUAAAGUAACCAGGAUCUCCUCUGAAAAUUCCGGAAAAAUAUUACUCUUUGAUGAUUCCAGCACAUUUAUCAGGAGAGAAGGGGGUUCAGUGAGGAUAAGUUUUGAUGUAGGGGAAAGUUGGGAAAAAGUGAAAGGAAUUGAAGAGGAUAUUGCAGAUUUGAUUAUUGACCCCUUUCGUAGACAUGAAAGAGCUAUUGCCUACGUAGCCGGAGUGCCAAAAUUAUACAUCACCGAUGAUCAAGGUAAAUCGUGGAGGCCUAUAACAAUAGAUGUUUCUAGUGAACAUACUUCAUGUGGUGGUUGUUAUGUAAAAACUUAUCCUAUGAAAAAAGAGUAUUUUAUAGCGUUUUGUGAUAGAUAUAGAAAACAAUUGAAUGUGAUGAAUACUACAGAGGAAAACGUACCUCAUUUGGUGGAUAUUACAGAGGAAAUCUACAUAACCAAUGAUGGUGGGGAUUCCUUUUUUAACGUUAAAUCUUCCGUAGGAAUGAACGAAGAUAGACAUUUGAGGGAUUCCCGCUGUGACUUCAUUAAGUCUAGCGAAUAUUCUGAUUUGGAUGAUAACGAUGCUCCGGUACUCUGUCUCUUCCAGAGUUGGGAAAAGGAAAACGGUUUUACUAUUAGUAGCUCGCAGUUGGUUUUGAGCACCGACUGGGGUAAAUCAUGGAAAGAAUUUGAUCAAUUUAAGGACAAAAUGGUUCGUUCAUACGAGAUACUAAAGUCUCAUGUGUUCGUCUUAACACAGAAUGAUAGGUAUAAUAUGAUGUCGUCUAUGGAGAUUUGGGUAUCCCGAGAUUUGUCUACCUUUCAAAUGGCGCACUUACCCACCCAAGCAAGAUAUAUUAACGUGGCAGAGAGGUACGGAGACUCUAUGGGAAGAAUAAUUUUGACUAUAUUCAAAGAAAGUAGCAAUACAAAAGAAGCAGGAUCGCUAACCUCAGAAGUUUUAAUAUCAGAUUCUCAAGGCUUAAAAUUUUCCCCCAUUAAAUGGACACCAAACGAAAGGUUGGGAAAUAUAGAUUUCUACAAUCCUGGUUUCUUGAAAGGGACAAUGUUCUCUUCGUUUCAAGCUUCAUUUGAACGUUUUGGCAAAGGAAAAAAUAAAGAAACCGUAGGUAAGCAGGAAACCAAAAUCUCGAUUGAUAACGGUCUCACAUGGUCCAAUUUAAAGGUUGUUGAUCCAGAAAAUGCGGACUUGUUUGAAUGUGAUAUUACUGAUCCCGAGAGAUGCUCACUUCACCCUUCUUUUUACCGUUUUUGGGGCUUGGAACCUACUGUCGGGAUCGUAAUGGCAGGUGCUGUCGUUAGCGAUGGCAAUGUACUCGAUUGGAAAGUUCCUGCUACUUUUAUUUCCAGAGAUGGUGGCUUAAGUUGGAAGUUAGCUCGGAAUUCAACUGGCUUAUUUGCUACUGGUAAUUUGGGUAAUGUUAUUGUACAUAUUCCGUACUCAUCGGAUAGAAAGGACGGCUCUAAAUUUGAAUUUCACUAUUCUUUAGACCAAGGAAAAACAUGGAUUGAAAACCAGCUAGACACGGAUUUCCUCCCAUAUACAUUGAUUAACGCAACGCCAGAUGGAUCUGGAACAAAAUUCAUCAUAUAUGGGGUUGCCGAAAUUCCCAGGCACAGUUCAGGAAAUCCUUCUGGAUAUGUCAUUUAUAUAAUUGAUUUUUCAGCAGCCUUUGAUCACAAAUCGUGCGAAGAAAAGGAUUAUGAAGAUUGGAAUUUGGCUGAAGGGAAGUGUCUUGAUGGUGUUAAGUACAAAUAUAUGAGGAGGAAACAGGAUGCCCGCUGUCUAGUAAAUAAAACGUUUGAAGAUUCACUGUUACAUGAAACACCUUGUAACAGUUGUGCUCCAUCUGACUACGAAUGCUCAUUUGAAUUUGGUAGGGACGCAAAUGGGCAGUGCAUACCAGAUUAUAAUUUGAUUGUUCUUUCUGAUAUAUGUGAUAACUCAAAGGGGAAAACUGUAUCAGUAGAGCCACUGCAAUUAAUUAAAGGUGAUAAAUGUAAAACACCAAUGAAAAUUGAACCUGUGGACAUCCCGUGUGACGGAAUUCCGAAGAAGGGCUCAAAUAGUAAGGAGAUAGUGGCUACCGAAAACAAAUUUGACUUCAAAGUUCAAUUUUAUCAAUAUUUUGACACAAUUGCGGAUGAAUCACUGGUCAUAGUAGACGCAAGAGGAGAUGCUUAUGUAUCUCAUGAUGGUGGACAGACAAUGAGAAAGUUUGACGCUAGCGGUGAAACAAUUGUCGAAGUUGUUUUCAAUCCAUACUUCAAUUCGUCAGCCUAUCUAUUUGGCUCUAAAGGUAGCAUUUUUUCCACCCACGAUAGAGGAUAUUCUUUUAUGAUUGUUAAAUUACCUGAAUCCAGGCAAUUAGGUAUGCCAUUAGACUUUAACGCUAAAGAUCAGAAUAUGUUUAUUUAUUAUGGUGGCAACGAUUGUGAACCAUUAAGUCCAGAAUGUCAUGCCGUAGCAUACCUCACCAAAGAUGGUGGCGAAACGUUUACUGAAAUGCUAGAUAAUGCAAUUCAUUGUGAGUUCGCGGGCUCACUUUUCAAAUAUCCUUCUAAUAAGGAUGCGAUCAUGUGCCAAGUGAAGGAAAAAUCUUCACAAACACGAAGUUUGGUUUCUUCAGCAGAUUUUUUUCACAACGAUAAAAGAACUGUAUUUGAAAACAUCAUUGACUACUUGUCCACUGGCGGCUAUAUUAUUAUUGCAGUCCCAGGGAAUAACGAUGAAUUGAGGGCAUAUGUGACUAUUGAUGGUGCAGAAUUUGCCGAGGCCAAAUUCCCGUAUGAUGAAGAUGCUGGAAAACAGGAGGCAUUCACUGUUUUAGAAUCUGAAAGAGGGUCGGUAUUUUUGCAUUUAGCAACAAAUUUAGAGCAAGGAUGCGAGUUUGGUAAUCUUUUGAAGUCCAACUCAAACGGUACUUUUUUUGUCACCUUGGAACAUACUGUUAACAGAAAUACGCGUGGCUAUGUAGAUUUUGAAAAAAUUCAAGGUUUAGAGGGUGUUAUUCUCAUUAAUGUUGUUUCCAACAGUGAAAAUGUUUUUGAGAAUAACGAAGUCAAAAAAUUGAAGACAAAGAUCACCUUCAAUGAAGGAUCGGAUUGGACCUAUUUGAAGCCUCCCAAGAAGGACUCGGAAGGGAAUAAAUUCUCUUGCAAUUCCAAAUCACUAGAUGAAUGCUCACUGCACUUGCAUAGUUACACCGAACGUAAGGAUAUUAGAGACACAUACUCUUCUGGUUCCGCGUUAGGGAUGAUGUUUGGUGUAGGAAACGUUGGAGAGAGUCUUCUGCCGUAUAAAGAAUGCUCCACUUUCUUCACCGCUGAUGGAGGGGAGACCUGGGCUGAAGUCAAGAAGGGCCCCCACCAAUGGGAAUAUGGUGACCAUGGUGGGAUCUUAGUUUUGGUACCUGAAAGCAUAGAAACUGAUUCAAUUUCUUACUCCACUAAUUCUGGUAAAACAUGGAAGGACUAUAAAUUCUGCGAUGAUAAAGUUUUGGUGAAGGACAUAACCACCGUUCCCCGAGAUUCUGCCUUGAGGUUUUUGCUAUUUGGAGAAGCGAAAAAUAUGGGAAGUGGUUCAUUUAGGACAUACACAAUCGAUUUUAGAAAUCUCUUCGAGAGGCAAUGUUAUUUCGACAUUGCCGGUAAAAAGGGUUCAGAUUAUAAAUAUUCUCUUUUGGGUUCUCAAACUAAUUGCCUUUUUGGCCAUCGAACCGAAUUUUUACACAAAACUGAUGAAAAAUGUUUCAUUGGGAAUGUUCCUCUUUCUGAAUUUUCAAGAAAUAUCAAAAACUGUUCCUGUACAAGACAGGACUUUGAGUGUGAUUAUAAUUAUCAUAAAACCCAUGAUGGUGUUUGUAGAUUAGUCAGUGGCUUGAGCCCAGCCAAUGCUGCCGAUAUUUGUAAGAAGGAACCAGAUUUAAUAGAGUACUUUAAAUCUUCUGGUUAUAGAAAGAUCCCUCUAUCAACCUGUAAAGGUGGCCUGAGGUUGGAUACCCGUUCAUCACCACACCCUUGCCCAGGAAAAGUAAAGGAGUUUAAAGAAAAAUACUCUGUAAAUGCUGGUGCCUACGCGUUUGUAUUCAUUGCAAUUCUCCUAGUCAUUUUAUUUACCGCAUGGUUUAUAUACAAUAAGGGUAUUAGGAGAAACGGAGGGUUUGCAAGAUUUGGAGAAAUUAGAUUAAAUGAUGAUGGAUUGAUAGAAAACAACAAUACCGAUAGAGUUGUCAACAACAUUGUGAGAUCAGGAUUAUGCCUUUUUUCAAUUAUCACUUCUAUGUACCAACGCACAAAGGCAGGUGUAGGGAAGGCUAUUUGGAAAAUAAGGGGAAGAUUUGCCAGCAAAGCAGGACCGAGCUAUUUAUCGCUACUUCAUGGUCAAUUUUCCAAUGAAGCAGACAGGCUAACUACUGGUCCUGAUGGAGACGCCAGCGGCCCAGCUAGUGUUGCUAACCGCGGUAACGAUUCCGAAAUUGAAGUAGGAGAAGCCUCAACGUCAGAGCAAGGCCACACGUCAUCUACCAUUCAGUCUGCGCCAGGCGAUAUUCCUGAUGCAUUAUCAGCACACGGUGAAGAAGAAACUCACAACCUUGACUCGGCAACUUCACCCGGUGGAGACGAGUAG